AGUGUUUGCUUGUUUAUUUUUUUUCGAUUCCGGCAAUUAACACUGAAAUAUAUUCAUGUGAUUUUAUCGUCAUCGACAGGCGGCAGACUACGACGACGACGACAACGAUAAGUAGAAAAUUUUGUUGUAUGUUUUUGUAUGGGGACCCCCUUAAAGCAUAGAUCUUUAGGUAAAUUCCUAAGCAACAAGCUGACAGAGAACAACAAACUAGCAGACACACAAGCAGAGAGAGAGAGGGCACAUCAAUGGGUUCAAUAUUAGCAUUUUGUUAGACCUUUUACACGGACUUACAGACGACCUGAUAAGAUUAAGAGAAACAAAAGCUCGUUUUUAUAACCUACAACAACGAACUAAGCCAAAGCCAGCCAGCAAAUAAGCAUUUCUCAUGCCUGGGAGAACAUUUAAAGCUAGAAGCUUUUUAGUUUGCACGUUGCCGCUCUGAAGAACUGUAAGAAAACGUUGGCGGCGCACAAUAUAAUUUAUAAAUGUUUCUAUGUUUGUGUGUGUGUUCUAAACAAUACUCAUUAUCAUCAGCUGUAUAGUGGUCCAAACGAAGAGACGGCGAGUGUGACGGUUUAAAAAAAAAAACAAAAUUUUGGUAACAAUUUAAUCAAAAAAAGAAUGGCCAGCUCUGAAGAAGAAAAUCUGCUAGAGCAAUUGAAAAAUUCGGUUAUGGCUAUAAUAGACAAAACGGGAUCCAGCAAAUUCGCCCAUGAUCUUAUGGCGAGAAUUCAUACCUUGCAAGAACGCUUGGAGUCUUUGUCUAGCAGCGAAAAAACCAAAUUUAUUGGGGACAUGAAGGAAUCAUUUCGAGCCACAAUAGCAAAUGUUGAAAACAAACUCAUGCAGCAUGCCCAGUUUGAAAAAGUUUACGCUUAUUCAAUAUAUGCAGCAAUAAUUUUUCUAAUACUAUUUAUAAUUGCUCUCUUUGGUUAUAAGUUGUACAAGUCAUUAAUGUCAAAGGAGCUGAAGAAGCAAGAAAAACUCAAACAAAAACAAAGCAAAAAGACCAAAAAGGUUAACUAAACUAAUUGGCAAACAACCAUAUUGAUCAUCAGCAAGAAGCAGCAUCCCCCGUCAUCACACAGUCUGAUGAAAGCGUCGCUCGAGGCGACAGUGACAACAAACAAGGCUUUCAAUUUUCUAAAAGCCCUAUGUUAAUAAAUAAGUUUUUUUAUAUGUAAUUAGUAACUAAUUACUUAAAUUUUUCUUUUAUAUUUUGUAAACCAAAAAUGUAAAAUAAGUAUGUACAUAUGUACUUAUGUUUGUACUUUUUCCGUCUAAUCUUUUUUGUUUUUAAA